AAUUGGACUGGCUUAGUAACCCAAGCUUCUCUACGGAAGAUGCACUAUUACUGCAUCAGCGCACUACAGAAGUUGCAAAUCUCAUCCCUGAAAAAUCGCCACUAAUAAGGACUACUUCAAGAUCAGAGUUGUCAGCAGAAGGUGAUACAGAUGAGAGUCUGAAACAGUCAAGUAAGAAAAGGAAAAAGAAAAAGAAAAAACAUCACCACUAUAAGAAGACAAAAAAGAAAACUAAAGGGGACUCCAGUAGCAGCGAAUCAGACCUGGACACUAAGCACAUCAAGGACAAAGCCGCAGGAAGUGGCAGAAAUCACGAAAAGGAAGCAGCAGCAAAUCUAGAUAAGAAAACGUCAAAUCUUACCAGCAAUCGCUCUGUUUGGCUUGAUGAUAUCCAGGCUUUCACAGCAGAAACCUUCAGAAUAGACAAGAAACCAGACCCUGCAAACUGGGCCUACAAAUCCCUAUAUCGAGGGGAUAUAGCAAGAUACAAAAGAAGAGGAGAGUCCUGUCUUGGCAUAGAUGCAAAGAAACAAUGUAUAACUUGGGACAGUUCUGCAUCAAAAAGGAAGCAAUUACAGAGUCGACCUGAGCGCUACUUCACAAAGAACAAUGUGAAGAUGCUGAACACGGAUGGGAUUCCUGUUUGCAAUAAGAGUUCUACAUCUGACCCAACUGCUUUUAUACCAGUUUUCCAAAUGGAAACUGAUGAUCCUUCCAACACAACGGAGGUAAAUCCUCUUGGGGUUUAUGAUCCAUCAACUACAGUGUGGCUACAAGGAAAAGGGUGCAAGAGUGCAGACCACGAGCAUGUAAAUACGCAGCAAACAGUUCAAGAGCCUGGGAUAAACAUUAACUCCAUUCUAAUGACAAAAGUGGAAGAACAUAACAAGAAAGUCAGAGAAAACCCAAGAGAUAUUAAUGCUUGGAUGGAAUUUGUUUCUUUUCAGGAUGAAUUAAUGAGAGGACCUAGCCCAUAUGACAGUAAGGGAGAGCAGGAAGUAAAAAGAAAAUCACUGAAGUUUAUCUUAGAAAAGAAGCUGGCUAUUCUAGAGAGGGCAAUUGAGAGCAAUCCAGGUAACGUUGAUCUGAAACUUGCCAGGCUGAAGCUUUGCACAGAAUUCUGGGAACCACCAGCUUUGAUCAAAGAAUGGCAGAAGCUAAUUUUCUUACAUCCCAAUAAUGCGGAGCUGUGGAAGAAAUAUCUCCUGUUCUGUCAAAGUCAGUUCACUACCUUCUCUGUUUCAAAAAUCAAUAGUCUUUAUGGAAAAUGUUUGACUACAUUGGCAGCUGUAAAGGAUGGCAGCAUGGUAUCACAUCCUCUACUGCCUGGCACAGAAGAAGCUAUGCUAGCUAUAUUUAUUCAGCAGUGCCACUUUCUGAGACAGGCUGGCCAUUCUGAGAAGGCAGUGUCUUUGUUUCAGGCGCUGAUUGACUUCACCUUCUUUAAACCUGACAGUGUGAAAGAUCUGCCAACAAGGGGACAGGUGGAAUUCUUUGAACCCUUUUGGGAUAGUGGAGAACCACGAAUUGGAGAAAAAGGAGCAAGAGGCUGGAACGCAUGGAUGCACCAACAAGAAAAGGGUGGCUGGAUUGCUCUUAAGCCUGAUGAUGAUGAUGAUGAUGAUGAGAUAGACGAGGAUCAAGAAAUAAAGGAUAAAACUCUCCCCAAGUGGCAUAUUUGGUUGGAUAUUGAAUAUUCUCGUGAAGCAAGGCAUUGGUUACCUUGGAGGCCAGACAAAACCAAAAAGGAAGCUGAAGAAGACUGUGAAGAUCCAGAAAGACAGGUGUUAUUUGAUGAUCUUGGACCAUCUUUAAUCCAGCUUUCUAAUCCAGAUCUUCAACGUCAACUACUGUACUCAUUUUUGCAAUUCCUGGGAGUUCCAUGUACAAGUAAACUCUUUCCUUGCAACCUCUAUAUUGCCAUGGAUGAAAAUAACAUCUUUGACAGUGUACUUUCUGAUGAAAAGCCACUGACUUCUGUUGAUUUUCCGCUUUCUGGCUUCAACAGUAUUGGUCAUAUGGACACAAUGCUACGAGGGAGACAUCACAUAGGCCACUAUAAAGAAGGAGAGGAGUUUAUACAGAAUGUUUUUCACGUUCUAUUCCUGCUAUUUUCAGGAAAGGAAAAAUCUAACCUGUCCAUUUGUUGGUUACAGUAUGAAAUAUCUAAGGUAGUUCAGUGUCUCCAAGCGAAAAACAAGAAGAAGCUGAAAGCACAAGGGAGGAAGAGUAAAAAGUUGGCCAAGAAUCUCCUUAAAGCACCUGACAACCGAAACCACCUUUCUCUCUGGAAACUAUAUGCCUACCUGGAAUGGCUGCUUGGUAACAUUGAUGAUGCCAGGAAGGUAUUUGACACAGCUCUUUGCACAGCAGGAGCAGGAGGAUUGAAGAGUCUCCAGCUCUGCAGCCUCAGUCUGCUUUAUGCUCAGCUGGAAGUGGAAUUACUAGAAAGUAUAGAAGGAGCUGUUAGAUCACGUGCUGUUCAUAUAUUGACCAAAUUGGCUGAAAGUGGACCUUAUGUGCCCUAUAGUGGACAAGUGUUAUCUGUGAAUGUCUUGAAAGCUCGUAAAACAUACGAGCAUGCACUGCAAGAUUAUUUAAGUAAAAUACCAGUUUCUGAUCAGGAUCAGGUCAGUGAUGCUAAUCAUCUGGUUAACUUGGUUGGUUGCUAUGCCCUGUUCCAGUAUGCGACUGUUGGGAUUGAUGCUGCAGUAUUAAUAUAUGCACAGACUUUGGAAAAACUUGAAGCUCCUGGUCCACAGAAAUGUGAAAAUACUGGAGAGAAUUUUGGCAUGCAAAAUUUGCCCACUGCUCUUGAAGCUGUCACACUGCUGCAUACAAAUUUACUCAGAUUCCACUUGAAAAUUAGCGUUUAUCCUUUGAAUCCUCUGCGAGAGGCACUAACGGAGGCUCUGAAACGGUAUCCUAGCAACCUGUCUCUUUGGAGGUCAUAUAUCCACAUCCAAAGGAAGUCUCACAGUGCUAGCAAAGCACGAAGGUUUUUUGAUGGUGUCACAAGGUCUACUAACUCUUUAGAGCCAUGGCUGUUUGCAAUCCAAGCAGAGCAGAUGAGAAAAAAACUCACUGAGAAUGUCCAGAGGGCAGAUGUUGGUGAAAUACAUUCUACUAUUCCUGAAACUGGGUUAACAAAUCGGAUUGUAGCUCUAUUUGAACACGCAGUUCAGAGUGAAAAUGGUACCCAUUGUCCACUGCUGUGGAGAAUGUAUUUGAACUUUCUGGCUUCACUAGGAAAAAAAGAAAAGACUAAAGGAUUGUUUUACAAAGCCCUUCAAAACUGCCCUUGGGCAAAGGUACUCUACAUGGAUGCAGUGGAGUACUUCCCUGACCAUCUGCAAGAGACGCUUGAUUUAAUGACUGAAAAAGAAUUGAGAGUGCGGGUACCUAUGGAAGAGCUGGAUCUACUGUUAGAGGUUUAA